GGUGGAAGAUGGCCUUCUUUGUCAACUGAUUCAUUCUCCAGAAUUCAACUUGUUCUCCGACUCGGUGGUAUUUGAAAGCAACUUUAUCCAGGUGCCGCAUGACCAGCUUCUCAGGGUCUGUGUGCUGUGUGCGGGGCAGGAGAUGCAAAGAGAGAUCAGAUGAUAUCCCUGGCCAAGGAGCUCAUGAAUUUGUCAAUUUAAAGGGCAUGUUAUAACAUGGUCACUGCUCAGAAAGCUCUGGCAGGUGGUUUGGACCAGCUCAUCCCUAAAGCAUGAGCAGAGAGAAGGGUGCUAGUGUCCGGGGAGUUCAGAGCACUUUUUGGAGUUUGGCAGUUGAAGAAGGCUCCCCAGAGGAGGAGGUGAAGCCCUUCUUGGAGGUAUCCCUAAGACUUUGGUCACUAAGCCCGGGAGCUGGAUGGAUGUCUAUGAAGGUUCUACCACUGUGAUCCUCGGGGUGACCUCCUCAGUGCCCUCCUUGCCACUCCCCAACAUCCUCCUGAUGGCCAACGUCACCUGGCCCCAGGGUCAGUUUUCCACCUGGAGCUCACCUGAUUGUGCUCCAGUGGUCACCCUCAGCAGGAUUCUCCCCCUGAAGUUUGUGGAACUACAAAUCUGUGACCGGCUCCAACGCAUCCUGAGGGUUAGGACAGUGACUGAAAAAAUCUACUACCUAAGGCUCCACGAACACCACCCGGAGGCCGUAUUUCAAUUCUGGAUCCGCUUGGUGAAAAUUCUGCAGAAAGGUCUGUCCAUCACCACCAAAGACCCAAGAAUCCAAUUCACGCACUGCCUGGUGCCCAAAAUGUCCAACAGUUCCACCGAAAUAACACCUGAAAGCAGCCUCCUGCCAUCCGCCCAGCCCAGCGAAAGCUUCAUGCUGUUGACAGCCGAGCAGACCAGUGACAGUUUCUCGAAUAUCACAGGGAGGCCCCAGCUCACAGCGGACAGUAACACCAAUGUCGCCAUCAAAAUAGACAAUUUGGACAGCUCUAAGACCCCCUUGCGGGUGGCAUCUCCAGUCAGUUUGAAAAUACCCAUGAGAGCUGCCUUGAGCCACAGCCUCUGGGAACAAGAGAAUCCAGAUGAGCACUUCCUGCAGGCUCCGGUCGCCAGUUCCCUAGGAGAGAACUUUUUUGGACCCUGACACCUAUCCAGAACGGGGCGAUCUUCCCUAGCUUCAUUCAGUGCGCUUGCUACAAUCUCCUAUCAAUGCUGUUUUCCCACUGUGGGCCAAAAGACCGUGGGAGAGGUAUGAGGGUGCUUAUAACACAGUGCUUUGUACUUCCACCAAUAAACCUCCAAGUGAGUUCCUA